AUGGAAUUGGGAAUAGCAUUAUCUGUUGUGCAAACUCUCUUUGCUGCUCUGCAAUGUCCAAUGCUCAAAAAAAUCCCUUCCAUAUGGGGGCACAAAACUAAACUUGAUGAUCUCCAACGCACAGUCGCCACAAUCAAGGCCAUGUUAAGUGAAGCAGAGACCAAACAAGACUUCUCCGAUCAAGUGAAACUCUGGAUCGAGGAGCUCAAGGAUGCGGUUUAUGAUGCUGACGAUCUGUUCGAUGAGUUACUGACUAUCACUAAGCUGAAGCAGCUCAACGAAGAUGGGAAAACCUUCAAAAAGGUGCGGGAUUUCUUCUCUAGAUCUAAUCCUCUCAUUGCUGCUAACAAUGUGUCUCGACGCGUUGAGGAGAUCAGGGAGAGUUUGGAUGCUAUUGCUAGCAAUCACAACAAUUUUGGCUUUAAGGUUGAGUCUAAACAAAACAAGAGGAGAAGGGACGAGACUUGUUCUUAUGUAUACGAGGGUUAUACCGUUGGGAGAGAUGAUGAUGUCGAGAAAAUUGUUGGUUCUUUAAUAGAUCCUUGCAUUCCGAGUGAUGUAUCUUUCCUUACUAUCGUAGGGAUUGGAGGGUUAGGAAAAACUGCACUCGCUCAACUUGUGUAUAAUUGCAAGAAGCAAUUGGACGUAGGAGGGAUUCUUUGUAAGAUUUUGGGCUCGAUUACGGGUGAAAAUUAUGAGCAAUCCAAUGUGAAUUGGGUGCAAUGCCAACUUUGUCAAAGAUUUGCAAGAAAUAGAUAUUUGCUCGUCUUAGAUGAUGUAUGGACCGAGAAUCGUAAUCAGUGGCAAAAGUUGGAAGGAUUCUUAUUGAGUGGCCAAAGCAAAAGUUGUAUAGUGGUAACAACUCGUUCAUAUAAGACCGCGAGCAUUAUUGGGGCGGGCCAAAUACAUGAAUUGCAAGGCUUGUUAAAGGAGAAUUCAUGGCAUUUGUUUAGAAGGAUAGCAUUUGGAUCGGAACAAUCAGUACAUGAUGGGGAUUUGGUCAAGAUCGGCCAAGAAAUUGUUGAAAAAUGUGCCGGAGUUCCUCUUGCUCUACGAGUGGCAGGAAGUCUAUUGUAUGGUAAAAAUAAGAGUCAAUGGAUAUUAUUUCAGAAGAACGGGUUUUCCAACUCCAGAGAACGUCAAAACGAUAUCAUGUCAAUAUUGAAACUUAGUUACCAUCAGCUCGAGUCUCCAUUGAAGAGUUGUUUCACUUAUUGUGCGUUGUUUCCCAAAGGUGUCGUGAUCGAGAAGGGGUUGUUAAUUAGCCUUUGGAUGGCGCAAGGCUUCAUUGUUCCAUUAGACGUUGGUCAAAGGAUAGAAGAUGCUGCCGAUCAGUAUUUUUCUCUUCUACUGCAACGAUUUUUUUUUCAAGAUGUAGAAUGUGAUGAAUAUGGUGAGAUUUUCUCGGUUUACAAUGCACGAUCUCAUGCAUGA